UAUACUUUUAUUUGUUAAAAAUAAUUGAAGAAUUAUAUUAUCCAUGAAAGACUUAUUAUUAAAAAAAAAAAUCUUUUGGCUUCAUUCUUAAUUAUCUGAUUAAUGUUAUAUUUGCUAAAAUAAUAUUUUGUUUGCAUCUAAUAAGAAUACUUUAUUUGAAUUUUCACUAAUUGUCCGAUAAUUAUUACUAUUUAUAAUUAUCUUAAAAAGAAAAAAAAAAGAAAAGGAAAAUCAGGUCAAAAUUUAUCGCUGAGGAAAAUAUGGCGACAGCUUUGUUCAACACGACCAGAAGCUCUAACCUCUACCACCACCACUCAGUUCUCCCUCCGUUCUCCCAACGGUUUCACCUCCACCGUCAAAAUUUCUUCUUUCUAGCGACUCCUCGCUGCUUACGCCGUCUCGCCGUCGUUGGUGGCCCUCCAUCUCCUCCGAGUCCUGAUCCGCCUCCGCCUGAGAACACCACUCAGCUCGAAGGUGUUGUGGGAGCUGUGACAAGGGUUGAAGACCGCGUAAAGAUCUUCCUGGCAGUACUGAUUUGGAUGUCUCUCUUCUUCUGGGUUACAGUGGUCGAUGGGAUGGGUAAAGGAAAAGGGAAGAAGGGUUCUCGUUUCAAAUAAUUGCUCAUCAUCAUCAUCAUUAAUAUUCCACACUGUAAAUUUAUUGUCUCGGGAGAUCAAAAUUAUCUAUAGAAAUUCUCCCCAAGUAAAGCAUAUUUCUUGUAGAUCAGUCAUUCAGAUGAUAGGAUCCAAUAAUAUACAUUAUAAAUUUAUAAUUUGGUAACAUGAUUCUCUUGUGGUAUCGUAGUUUUCAUUCA